AUGAAGAGACUCACCACCUCAGAUUCUUCAUCUCCUCUCAUCACAAUCUCUCCCUCAACAGAAGAACAUAGUCCGAGGAACAAACAUGUGUAUGGUAUGGAGUUUCAAUCCAUGAUGUUGGAUGGAUUUGAAGAGGAAGUUUGUGUUGAAGAAGCGGGUCAUCAUUCGGAGAAGAAACGACGACUGAGAGUGGAUCAAGUGAAGGCUUUAGAGAAAAACUUUGAAGUUGAAAACAAGCUUGAACCUGAAAGGAAGGAGAAGCUUGCCAUAGAACUUGGGUUGCAGCCCAGACAAGUUGCUGUUUGGUUCCAAAACCGGAGGGCAAGAUGGAAGACAAAACAGUUGGAACGAGAUUAUGGUGUUCUUAAAGCUAAUUACGAUGCUCUUAAGCUCAAGUUAGAUGCAAUUACACAAGACAACAAAGCUUUUCAUAAGGAGAUUAAGGAAUUAAAAUUGAAGCUGGAAGAAGAAGAAAAAAGUGCAAGCAGUGUUUUGGUGAAGGAGGAGAUGAUAACAAUGCCUGAAUCUGAUGAAACCAACUCACAACCCUCAGCAUAA